AUGGCCUCCGCCAACCAACGAGCCAUCACCCUCUCGAUAACCAAGCCCGACACCACCAGCGUCCAGCCAGCUCGUGAGCCUCCGCCGUCGCCGUCGCCACCAACAACGCACACAGAAGACAAUGCCAGCCGCAGUGGCGGCCGCAACGACGGGACGGCGACAGCUGCGACGAUCGGUCUCGCAACAGGCCUAUCCAUCGCCGUGCUCAUCUUGAUCAUGGCCGCGAUGGCCGCGAUGGCGGGAUUGGCCCUCGCGGCGAGCAGGGCCACCGUGGGGAGCGGGGGCUUCGCGGUGAGCAGGGCCCUCGUGGGGACCAAGGGCCUCAGGGCGAACAAGGCCUUCGCGGUUACCGAGGCCCUCGCGGUGACCAAGGCCCUUGUGGCAUUCAAGGUCUUCCCGGUGAGCUAG